GUUCCCAAUAGGCUUCCAAGAGGCCCCCAUAGAGAGUUCAGUUCAAGCUGUGUUGGCUUAAGAGCUCCCAACAGCUCAAGCGAGCAGAGAUCAUUUGUUGACGUGUCUUCCCGCUGGCUUUCGGCUGCACGUUCGAACCGAGGUCUCAUGGUGCUCUGCGCUGCGUGCCAGUGUUUAGAAGGUACAGUGCAGGCCGCGGAGUGGUUGUCGGUUCCCGACGACGGCCCACCACAUUUGCCCCAGUUGCAGGAGGUGGACGUGCCCGAGGAGAGGCAACAGUUGUGGGUCGAGCGCGGUGGCUUGGAGCUCGACCCGACGCUCGCGAGCGGUGCCAUGCUUCUCGUGGACGCAGGCUGGCUGGUUCAGCUGGCAAGAUCGGGGGGCACCUUCUUGCCGCGGCAGACGCUGCCGGCAGCCGCUUUCACGCCCCACAGCAUGGUGAGAGCGGCUACUCAGCAGAUACCGGAAACGAGCAAGAGGUCAUUCAAGACCAACGAGGGAGUCUUCGGCGAAAUAUUGCGCAUUGCAUGCGUAUCACAUUGUUGGCUCCAGUCGCAGCACCCAGACCCGCGUGGAUACAAUCUACGGGUCUUGGCAAGAGCCCUGGCACUACUGUGUCGCAGCGAUAUGUUCUCGUCGGGCACCUGGGCGACGUGUUUGGAUUUCUGUUGCUUGCACCAGUGUUGUCGAGACCGCGAAGGCAUGCCGCAGCAGAGAAGUUUCAAGUGGCUUUCGGACGACCGUGGUUUUGAGAACAGGGCCGUCGGCCGUUUCGCUCGGGAGGAGACGUUAUUCAGAGAGGCCCUGGAUUCACUCGGGAGCUACUACUCACACCCGAAGAUCAUCGUUCUGAUGUUGACACAGUUUCCGCCCGACUAUGAUGACCCUGGCGUGUACGACGGCUCGGGAAACGUGAGCUCGUAUAUGGACCGAGGUUGGUGUUUCUUCGAGUUUACCUGCGCCACCAUGGUCAAGUACCCCACGCUCAUCUUGGACCUCGGGAGGGCCACAGGAGCGGAGGACAGUUUUCUGGAGUUCGUCGGCGAGGAUGUGAAUAGAAUCAGCAACAAUUGUUUGGCAAGCACAUGUGCAACGAGACGCUCCGCCCCAGUCACCUCUGAGGCCUUUGAGGCGAGUCUCGAGAGCAAAAGGUUUACUACAGACAGCGUCGACAGGCUCAGGGUCGCCAAGCUCUACUCCAACACGCUCGCGUCUCGCAUACAUGCUGUCGAGGACCUCAACUAUCACUCGCGUGGGUGGGGCGACUCCGAGGCGGGCCAGGUCGCCGACCUGAUUGCUUGCGGCACGCCCAAUCUGGUUGGGUUAACUUUCUACAAUAAUCGUAUCAGUGACAGCGGGCUCGCCAGGCUGGCGGACGCGCUGGCUGCCCCAGGCGGGCCGCAGAACUUACAGGGCAUGUUUCUCAACCAUAACGCCGUUGGCGACCAGGGUGCCGCGCGACUUGCAGAAGCAGCGGCCGCGCCGGGCGCGCUGAAGGCGCUGCGGGCGAUUGUUCUUGCUGGCAAUCGCGUCGGCGACGAGGGCGCCGCGCGGCUGGCAGCGGUCGCGGCCAUGCCAGGCACCCUGCCAGCCUUGGAGGUCCUCAACCUCGAGGGCAACGUCAUCGGCGAUCGGGGCGCGCAGAGCCUGGCAGAGUCGCUGGCCUUUCCGGGUGCGCUGCCGGCGCUGAAGCGCCUCGUGCUCAGUGGCAACGCAGGCAUCGGCGAGGCGGGCAGGGAGGCGCUACACGUCGCCUGGGCCGCGGCUUCGAGGCCCAGGGGUGGCGAGUUUCCGUCUGUGAGAAACCUGCAGAUGCUGCAGGCGGGCCUGUUCGUUUAAGAGGGUUUCCGAAUGCGCAUUUUCUCUAAUGUUCCCUUCUGCUCAUGUGCACUCCCCCCCCUGAAUGGUUUCCGAGAGUUGGCCCCGCAGAGUCCGGGAUGUGGAGCGCAGGCCCCCGAGAGGAAGAGUUCCGCAGGCUUCGGCGCGGCCACGUCUAGCUCAAAUACUGAUCAGCGACAAGUAGGGCGGAUGGGAGCGCGGAGCGUGAAUGCGAUACGUUUCAUGCUGCCCGUCGCAAGUUUACCUUCAUUCGCGACGCAGCAGUCUUUCCAGCGCUUGAUUGCGCAACGGUCCGAGGGAUGCGGCAUGUACUGCGCCAUUCCCACAUUGAGUGCUAUAAACAUAUGGCGAACGAAGCAUGGUCACACCGAUGCUCGUGCGGAAGUGUUCGUGCAUUCCCCUUCCCCUGCUCAGCCUGCGAGCAGGCGCGCUGCGCUCGACGAUCAAGUUGGGUCGCUGGGUCUGCGCGGUUGCCCACUGUGGUGUCAACGUUUUCAGCCUUGCAGUCGUUGCCUUGCAUGCUUGGCUGGGGAUUUCCCCUGGCCGCGGAGAGUCACUAUGCAGGGUUGAUCGCUUAGACAUCCCCAUCGUUUCACACUCACGCAUGAGCAUGUUCAAAUUCUAUAAGAGCUGGAGGAGCAGAGAAGCGAUGCAAGAUUGCUUGUAGUCAGAGGCCCAGCCAUCAGUGCAAACCGCUGGCUAUACAUGAUGAGACGGUGGUCCAUGUGUGGGCGUAGGGGUUGCCCUGGCU